AUGAGUGACGAAGAGUAUCAGUCCGCCCAGGAGGACGCUCCCCCGUCGACACAGCCCCCGUCAGAGGGUCAGACAUCGCCGACUGCGGAGCCCGAGACCAGGAUGAGGACCAGAAAGGCCAGCAAGUCGUCCAUGCCGACGAUCGCAGAAGAGGAGCCCGCAGAGAGCUCCGUCCAGCCGGAGAAGACUGCCCGCGGCAAGAAGGCGACGAAAGCGUCCAAGUCCGCUGCAGCUGAUUCGGAAUCUCAGGUCAAAAAGACCCCGGCGUGCGAUAGCUGCAGGAAGUCGAAGGUCCGCUGUAAUCAUCGCCGUCCGAUCGGGGAAGAUGGAGAAGUCGCCCCCGAACCCGCCAGUUCAUCUACCAAGACGCGCAAACGCAAAGCCGAUGCUGAUACCGAAGAUGAACAGGUACAGCCAGAGUCCGAAGAACCUUUGAAAAGGAUUAAGCUUACCAUGGGCAAGGACAAGGGCAAGGGAAAAGAACCAGCCCGGGAAGUGGCAGAGCCCGCUACAACAGCCAGGAGGACCCGCGGACGGCCUCGGAAGCAAUCAUCUGAGGAACCAGCCCAGGAGAACGAGGGAAACAAUCCCCCGGCGACCAAGCGGUCCAAGAAGAACACCACAGCACAGGAGCAGACAGCCUCCGCCGAGGCCGGGCCAUCAACUGCUCCCGCCCCGCGAAAGUUCCCAGCCUUGGAAAGUCUGGAGGGCGCGGCGACGCUGUCUCUUCACAACGUCAUGGGGCGUCAACUGGAGGAGAGAGUGGUGGCAUGUAAUACGCAGUAUGCACAGGCCAUGAAGGCUUUCAGUGAGGUCCAAACGACGCUGGAGAGCUGGGUAGGAGCCUGGACGAGUGGGAAAUGUUAA